CUUUGAUUCCGGUUAGUGUUUAGUUGUUGAACCAAUACAUGUGUGUAGUGUACUGUGGUUCAUCAAGCACACCUAGACGUUAUUUAUAUAUAGCAGUGUACUUAUGAACACGAGAUUAAUCCGUAUUGGAAAACAGGACAUUGUGAAUCGUGUUUUUAUUCGGUUGUGUAAUUUAUACAGAUUCGAGGUUUCCUGAUGGAUUUAAUUGAUUUAAGCAUUGUAUUGACGUGUCUAAUGAUGUCGAGUUGUAAUUCACAACGUGAUGACACUCCGAAAUUUUGGAAUAACAUGGCUCAGAACGACAUGAGGAAGGCUCUGCAAAUGCUGCCAAAUAAUAACGUCGCCAAAAACGUCAUCCUCUUCAUCGGGGACGGCAUGAGUAUAUCAUCUACCACAGCUGCCCGGAUACGACGAGGCCAGAUCCAGGGACAUACUGGCGAGGAAACAAUCCUAAAGUUUGAGGAGUUCCCACAUGUAGGACUUCUGAAGACGUAUCCAGUUGAUCGACAGACGGCCGAUUCAGCGUCCACGGCUACAGCACUACUGUCGGGCGUAAAGACAAAGUACUACCUUGUAGGACUAGACGCCACGGCAAAACGUGGGGACUGUGCUUCGUCCAAGGGUGCCAGACUUAAAACAAUGGUGGACUGGGCCGAACAGGAAGGAAAGUCGACAGGUAUAGUAACCACAACACGACUGACACACGCUACUCCCAGCUCGGCCUACGCCCACUCGGUGGAACGGGACUGGGAGGGUGACGUCAACAUGGCUGAUGUCACAGGAAACUGUCGAGACAUUGCUCACCAGUUUGUCUACGAAAACGGACAUAUAGAGGUAGCUUUUGCUGGAGGAAGGAGACAUUUCAUCCCCCAAAAUGUUGCGGAUCCAGAGGCAAACUUCACCUACGCAAAAUACCAGAGACGGGAUAAUCUUAAUCUACUCGAUUACUGGCAACAACAGCGCCGUAAGGAAGGGAAACGCUACAAGUACGUAUGGAACAAACAACAGUUUGAUGCUAUAGAUCCCGACCAUACUGAUACUGUCCUAGGACUGUUUGCUCCAAGCCACAUGCAGUACGAGAUUGAGAGAGACGAUGGACCACUAGGUGAACCUUCACUAGCGGAAAUGACGUCGAAAGCAAUACAGAUUUUACAGAAAAACGACAAAGGAUUUUUCCUCUUGGUAGAGGGGGGUCGUAUCGACCACGCUCACCAUGACAACAAGGCCAAAAAAGCCCUCCACGAGACCCUGGCACUAGAGGACGCCGUUAGAGAGGCUGUCAGACUGACUGACGAAGAGGACACACUCCUCGUGGUGACCGCCGACCACUCGCACGUGUUUUCGCUGGGCGGGUACCCGAGCAGGGGAAAUGACAUCCUAGGUGCUGUGGAUGACGUCCCGGAACAGUACCUUCCGCCAGACCGGAAGGGGUUCACCACCAUCACCUACGGAAACGGGCCUGGUUAUGAAAAUGGCAAUAGAACGGACCCAAGGACUUUCGAUACUACUACCAACGACUACAUGUUCCCGAGCGCCGUACCCCUGGGCCAGGAUACGCAUGGAGCUGAUGACGUGGCAGUGUACGCCCGAGGCCCAAUGGCGCAUCUCAUCCAUGGGGUUCACGAACAGAACUACGUCGCGCACGUGAUGGCGUACGCCUCUUGUAUGGGGAUCAACAAAGGCCACUGUGUCCACUACACAAUUAUUAACACCGGUCCAACACAUACAUCACAAACAGCUCUGAUCUUUAUUGUUUGUUUAGCACAGAUUCUGUUACACAUACGUCUUUGAUGUCUUUAGAUUCAAUAAAAUUAUUUUUUUUA